UAUCAAAAUUACCGGGGUGAUUCUGUAAAUAUAUUAACGACUUCAGAAGCUCCAGCUCUCUCUCUCUCUCUCUCUCACAUUCACUGAACAAAACGAUGGCCUCGGCGAUUGUUCCGUCGCUCAGGCUGAGUCCCAGUUUCUCCGACGCCACGUCACCAUCGUCUCCCUCUUCCUCCGGCGACGUCAAUAAACCCUUGUUUUUUUUUUUUUUUUAUAUUAUCAUUGGAUCAAAUUCUGAGACUAUUUUAGGAUUUAGGGGCAAUUCAGGAGACUACAGGAAGCUGGAGGUAACUUUGGAUGAGUACGAUGUUACUGCAGCUGUUGGUUUUGAAAUGCAGCCGGUUUGGUUGAUCCAGUCUACUGGCGUGGCACUCACUCUACGCCCUCGUCUUGUUCUUGAUUGAGUUACCGUCAAAAGGAUUGUCUUUGAUUGGACACUCAGUCUCAGCUGGAGGAUGGCUUGCUCGAGUUUACCUGGACGAGUACGGAAACGCUGAUAUCUCCUUUGUUGUUCACACUGGGUACGCCUCACUUACCACCACCCAGAGGGCUAUCAUGGGUUGAUCAAACAAGAGGUCUUCUCCAUUACGUCGAAGAGCACUGUGCAAAAACUGUUUACACUCCUUGUCUGUAUUGCCGGGAGUCUAUAGGUAGAUGCAUUCGUGGAGCUCCUUUAGUGGACAAGGCAGAUGCAAAUCUUGAUUCUGAUGAAUCGAUCUCAGCGCUUACUAUAGCAUUGGUUUCUUCAGGGCCUAGUUUGCGUGCUCGUUUUGUAGGGCAAGGAUAUAAGCAUGUUUGUGGAAGAGCUGACAUGUGGUACCUGAGGUUUCAGCUCAUCUUGAAGGCCUUUACUUUGCCAUAGCAGUGAGGACAAAAAGCUUUGACUUUUGACUCUGACUCUACCACGUGUGGUUAGAAAGUUGGAACCUUUGACUUCUAACGUCUGAAUAUCAUUUUCAUGGUGAUAAUAGAAACCUGUGCACUCUAUUGUAGCAAGGAGGAGAGAAAACUUGACGACUUUCUGUGGUAGAAGCUUGGACAGAGAAUCCAUGGCUUAUCUUCCUUGUCAUUCUUCACCUUCUUCUUCUUCUUCUUCGUGAGUUUUAGAGGAGAAGAUGUGCGUAAAACAUUCGUGAGCCAUCUAUUCUGCGAGCUUGAUCGGAUGGGGAUCAAUGCGUUCAGAGACGAUUUGGAUCUCGAGAGAGGCAAGUCAAUCUCCCCAGAGCUUGUAGACGUGAUCAAAUGCUCCAGGUUCGCCAUUGUCGUGGUCUCUAGGAACUACGCCGCCUCAAGCUGGUGCUUGGACGAGCUCUUGAAGAUCAUGGAAUGUAAAGACGCAUUUGAACAGACUAUCAUACCCAUUUUCUACGAGGUUGAUCCUUCAGAUGUGAGAAGACAGAGUGGCAGCUUCGGUGAGGAUGUUGAGAGUCACAGUGACAAGAAGAAGGUGAAGAAAUGGAAAGAAGCUUUGACGAUACUAGCUGCUAUUUCUGGUGAAGAUUCUCGGAAUUGGAGGGAUGAGUCAAAGCUGAUUAAGAAGAUCGUUAAAGACAUUUCUGAUAAACUGGUUUUCACUUCAUUGGAUGAUUCAAAAGGGUUGAUUGGAAUGAGUUCCCAUAUGGACUUUCUGCAGUCUAUGAUGUCUAUAGAGGACGAAGAUGUUCGAAUGGUAGGGAUUUGGGGAAUGGGUGGAGUUGGGAAAACUACGAUUGCUAAAUACUUAUACAGUGGACUCUCAUGUCGAUUCCAAGCUCAUUGCUUCAUAGAGAAUGUGAAGGAAGUCUAUAACAGAUAUGGAGUUAGGCAUUUUACAAGGAGAGUUUCUAUGCAGAAUGUUUGGAGAGCUUUCGAGGGAUUGUCUAAUCUCAAGCUUCUCAACUUCUAUGACCUUGCAUAUAAUGGAGAGACCAGAAUGCAUCUACCUGAUGGCCUAAGUUAUCUCCCACGCAAGCUUCGUUCUCUACGCUGGGAUGGAUACCCUUUAAAGUCUAUGCCUUCAAGAUUUCAUCCGGAGUUUCUUGUUGAAUUUUGUAUGAGUAAUAGCCAUCUCCAAAAACUUUGGAACGGAGUCCAGCCUGUUGGGAAAUUGAAGAAGAUGAAUCUCUCUCGUUGUAAAUACCUAAUCGAAAUUGGAUAUUUCAGGAAAUGAAAGACUGAAGUCUCUCCCGGUAAGCAUUUCUGAGCUAAGAUCACUUGAAAGGCUCAACCUCUCUGGCUGUUCUGUACUUGAGAGCUUUCCACCAGAAAUAUGCCAGACAAUGAGAUGCUUGAGG